CUGUCUUUGCUGGCUUUCCUCCGUGUAUGUGUCAGACAACAAAGACAAGGAAUCCUCUGCUGGCCUCGUUGUGGUCGACUCGUCUGGCAUCUGCUUCUGUCUCUAGUAUGUACUCGGCGAGUGAUGGCAUCCAUGCUGGUGCUCUCACCCUUCGAUGUAUCAUCGCCUCCGUCUUGGCUCUACAGGACGUACCUUGGGCCUGGACUGCUUCGGGUAUGGCCAUCCUUGCGCUGAUCAUGCAAGGUCGUCAUCUCAUGGUGCCCUCUGCCCACACUCCCAUCGAUGCUCCCCUUGUCCCGCUCCUCUCCUGGGACAUCCGCGAUGCUGCCUUUGUCAUCUACGCCUUUGUCGUCGCUCUUCUCUACUACGACACCGAGGUCACCGACAAGUCCGAGGCGACCUACGGGAAGACCUUCCUCACCGAAGUCGACUUUGGCAUUGGCCGGACUGAUGAUCCGGUUCUGCUCAAGACCCUGUUUGCUGGCGAGGAGCUGCUGCCGCCGCUACAAGAGGCGCCAGCCGAGACCAAGAUCCAGCGGAUCGCCAAGAUCAAGGCCAAGAGCUUGCCUGAGUCGUACCGGAAGCACUCGCGCGACGAACGGGUGGUGCUCGAGUAUGUGGCCAACUUCCGGGCCCAGUUUGUGGCGCUGUAUCCGGAGCGGCCCGAUCCGCUGCUGGUGCGGCUCAACGAGGCUCUGGUGCCCAAGGUCGUGUCUACCACCCUGAGACCGAGCCAGCUUCGCUAUGACGAGGUCUACGAGUGGAAGGGCGCCGCUGAGUUUGUGGCCGACUACCUGUUGUAUGAGCGACUGGAGCCGCCGACGGCGCCGCCAGCUCAUCUUCCGUCGCCGACUGCGGUCUUGCAAUGGCGCGCCGGCGACGCCUUUGACUUUUCGGUUCUCCUCUGCUCGCUGCUGCUCGGCGUUGGCUACGACGCGUAUGUUGUCUACGGAUACGCCCACAAGUACCACACGCUACGCGAUCUCUCGCACGCCGCUUGUCCGGACAUCACUCCGCCGCCUCUACCCGAGGCCACAGAUGCCAAGCCACCGGCGCCGCGCUUUGUGGUCGGCUCGCGGGCUCGUCUCGAGUCGCGGUUUGAGGCCCGUGACGCCGAGGCUGCCGCCGCGUCCGAAGCGGAGCGUGCAGCUGCGCUGGCCAAAGCGAUGGAGGAGGAGAUUGCCGCUGAAGCCGCCGAGGCUGCGCGCGACGAGCUUGACGGGGCGCGGGUCCAUGCCUGGGUCCUUGUCAUGCCUGGGCCACGCGACAUCGAGAACGCGUUUUUCAUCGAAGCGACUACUGGCCACCAGGUCGACAUUGACGAUUCAUCUUACUACCGUAUCGAGAGUGUUUUCAACGCCUCGGGCGUGUGGAUCAACAUGCAAGAGUACCCGUCUCCAACGGCAUCUUCGAGCGAAAUCUCGCUCGAUCUCGACGAUCUCACCGCAUGGGAGCCGCUCAUGCUCCCUGCUGAUACUAUGGCCCGCUCCGAGUCGCGCAUGAUGCAGAGCCAGGCAAGCCUCGCCGACGACGGCGACGACUCGUCAACGUUUGUGGACGACCUCUCGUCCGACGGCGGGACGAUGUCGACGGGCAUGCCCGGUACAGCGUCGCGACUCUCGCUGCGAACACUGUCACGGGCGUCGGUGGACCACACGCAGGUGCAGGCUGGUAUGGUUGUCAAUCUCGCACCGUCGGAGCGCGUCGGCGAAGGCCUGCGCCUGGAGAUGCCGGCAUCGUGGGUGGAGAUGCUCGACGUGCCGCGCGAUGAAGUCGAGUCCCGCUAUCCCGGCGGCCGCAAGCGACUCCGGUAUGCCAAGGCUGUUGUCGACGUCUUUGCGCCGUAUGCUACUGCGGACGGCCUUGUCCGCAGAGUCAUUGAGCUGGGCGCGUCUGAGGCCAACGCUGCCAUUGUUGGCGUCGUCGAGCAUUACGCGCACCGGCCCGACAAGCUUGAGCGCCGUGAGUACCGUCCACUCGAGCACAUCACCCGCUGGGUCUACGGACCUGGCCGUGGCCACCACCUCAAGGCUGUCCACGACACGCCUACUUCGCUGAAACUGGAGUUCUACGCUUCGGCACGGCUUGAUCGGCUCGCCUCGCUCGAGGACGUCUACGGCGAGCGCUGGGAGGAGGUGUACGGCGAGCGUUGGGACGUCCAUGACGACGCGCUCCGCCGCCGGGUCCUGCACUACACGGGUAGUGCCGUUGAGAGCGUGCAGUCCCGCGGCAAGCCGCAGGAGACACCGGCGUUUGUGCUCGGCGGCUCGCGGCGGAGUCGGGCGCGCGGCUCUGCUCGCUCACAGGCUGCACCGAGCUCGACGCCACGACCAUUGCCGGCGGCGGCAGCCACCGACGCGCCGCGGGUGGCGCUGCAGGCGGAUCCGGCCGCCAAGCCAUUGCGUCCGGUUUCGCGGGCAACCGAGGAGCACGGUGACGAGGUAUCAGGGCCGAUCCAGCCGCCGAGCCGGCAUCCGCGGCCGGUGGCCAAGUACAGCUUUGGUCGGGACGGGAGCAUCGAGGUGCGGUACCACCGGCGGCAUGGGUUCGUGCUCCCGCGGGUCGAGACCUACACCCUCAACAGCAAGCUGCUGACGGGCGUCGAGCCCAAUGCCGCCGUGACCCACGCGACUCGCAAGGGUCCGCGCGGCAAGAUUGUCCGGCUUCAGGCCGAGGACUCGCUGCGCAACUCGUUCCACGGCGUGGCUUCGCUCAAGACGACCAACUCGGCGCACGGUGGGCACAGCGCGCCGCACCACGCAGCGCGCGCUCGCGCCAAGCAGCGCGCCGGCGGCCUACACAUCGACGUCCGAGUCGAACUCCUCCUCGAAGCUGUCGAGCAGGUCGGCAUCGAGCCCAUCAUUUGCACAGUCAAAGACGGACAUGAUCCCGAGCUCGAAGAUCCGCUUGCGCUGGAGCCGACGCCCGCCGAGCUGCUGGAGACGUACGCUCGGCUGGAGAGCGCGCGCAACGACAUGCUCUCGAGCUGCGAGGUCAAACAAGAAGAGUUCCGCACCAUCCUCCGGAUCCGCGACACCGAGGCCAAGUCGCUCGGCGACCUCGUGCUCUCCAUCUACGACGUCAAGCGGCGCAAGGCGCGGCGGGCGGCGGCCGGCCCCGACUCGCGAUCGGCGCCACGGCCCGAGAAGCUCCCCACGGCUGUGCUCACCGAGCAGCUCUUCACCAAAGAGUUUGACUUUCUUGCUCCGUACUACGACGCCGACGCGCCGCCGCGAAACAAGCACGAAGCGCUGCAGAUCAAGCGACAGUGCCUGCAGGACUUCCAGUCGCGGGUCCUCGAGCGGGCAGACAUCAUCCAGCGGCGGCUCGCCGAGCUCGACAAGGUGCUCCGCGACUCGCAGGAUGCCUUCAACCGCCAAGUCGACACCUCGCCUGAGCAAAACGAGGAGUACACCGAUACCAUGGCCACCCGCAUCUUCCAGAUCAACGUCCUCGCCUCGCGGCUCAAGGAGCUCAAGGACACCCACAAGGACCGCUAUGCAGAGCUCUCCCACAAGAUCGAGACCGAUCCACGACUGGCGCCCUUUUUUGCUACGCCUGCAGACUCUAAUUUUUCUCUCCCGAACGUCGUCUCCGCCGCGCUCCGCAAGUAGCUUCCCCCCCUUUCUCCCCUCAACGCAUGCGUGUCCACAAAAGAAGCCAAAAAACGCCAAAAAACCCCCCAAGCCAAC